AAUAGACGACGCUGACAACGUCGUUGCACUUCGAGUUUGAGGGGUGACAGGACUCCGGUUAUAAGACUUAAUGUACAGCACGUCGCCUUUGGCGGGCCUGCGGCCGAUCCUACCGAUAUAGAAAACAAAGUUCAGUGUAGCCUACACACUGUGGAAGAAACAUACACAAACUCAAGUCACGCUCCGUUUCCAAAUCGGUUACAUCGAGGCGGGACGAUCGAGAGGGAAGCACCUGAGGAAUUUGCAGAGCCGCGCGCUGGAGUCGAUUUGCCCCGUGAGCAGCGCGGGGCGCGCGCUCUACUGUCCGUUCACAGUCCUAAAAACCAGCGCAUGAAUCAAUAUCCUUUCUUUGAUCGGAGGGAAGGGUAGAGUCAAGCACGACCGGGUAGUGAGCGGGCGGGCAGUGAUAGUCACGGGGAAAGAACCGAUCAUGCUCGCUAAUAGCGAUUAGAUGAGUCUAACACGUGCAGUCAUAUCUAGCUGGCUGGGCUCCAAAAUUAAUACCGGAUUACGCACUGACCGGAGUGGAUUCACUUACAAAUAUACAGAUCCAGCACCGAAGUUUCUUUCUGCUCCCGGCAAUCAGCUGCUGGGUAACUGGUUAAAAUGAGGUUGAAAGGUUUAUUUGUACUCCUCUCCUUUGGAGCUUUUACCGCCUAUUACAUUUACGAGCCCAUCCCGGAAGACAUCGAGGAGCGCUGGAAACUAAUGCUGACCAACUGUUUGUUCAGAAGCCUCAGUCACCUGGCAGACUUCAGUGAGGUGCUGGGGGUGAAGGACUACAUGGGGGUGAUGUACUUCAUCACCUUUGCAGAGCGGGUGGUGCCCGUGUCUGAUGCCCGCGUGCGUGUGACGGAGGAGCACUUUGAGGGGGUGGAGGUGGUGGUGUACCAGCCCCACCAGCAGCCCCACCAGCAGGCCCUGAGGCCGGCCAUCAUCUACCUGCACGGGGGGGGCUGGUGUCUGGGGAGCUCCCGGAUGAGUCCUUACGACAUGCUGGCCAGGGAGAUGGUGACAGAGCUGGGCGCUGUGGUUCUGUCUGUGGAGUACCGCCUGCCCCUGGCCUGCCCACCAUUUCCUGUCCCGUAUGAGGAUGUGUACCGGGUGGUGAGGUACGUGCUGCGCAGGGACGUGCUAGCUCGCUACGCCAUCCCCCAGGGAGCGUUGGCCGUGUCAGGGACAGCGGCGCGGGGGGCUAACGCAUGCAGCGUCAGCAGUAUGGGAGGGCGGGGGGGUCUAACACAUGACUCGCUACAGUCGGUGCAGUUGAAGGUCCAGGCUCUGCUGAUCCUGGUCCUCAGGCCUGACCUGAACACACCGUCCUACCAGCAGAACCAGAACAUGCCCGUCUAUGAAGAUACGAAAAGAUACCGCUUCUGGGCUGAGUACUUCUCCAGCGAUCAGAUCAUCCUCAGCUCCAUGAUGACCAACACCCACAACAGCCCCCAGUCUGCACCCCUGCUCAAGUUAGAUAAAAGGAGUAUUCUGCGAGGAUUAGUCGACAGGAAGUACAACUACUCCGCCCCGCGGGUUGUGUGGGGGGGCGGGGGUGAGGCGUCCCGCUGGCUGGCUGACCCCAGAGCCUCCCCUCUGCUGGUCCCCGACGCGGCUCUGCGCUCGCUGCCUAAGGCCUACAUCCUGACGUGCGAGUAUGACGUGCUCCGUGAUGACGGCGUCAUGUAUGUGACGCGUCUGCGGGCGGCGGGGGUGGAGGUGACACACCAGCACUACCCACACGGCUUCCACGGAGCUCUCCUGUUCAGCGUGUGGCCCACUGACUUCAGCAUCGCACGGCGCAUGACGGAAAACUACAUCCGCUGGCUGAGGGAGAACUUGUAGGAAAGAGAACAAAGUUAGAGUUAGAGAGAGGUGGAGAGAUGGAGGGUUAGAAGAAAUGUAGAUCGAGCGAUCUUCAGCUGUCGAUGAAACAGAACAUAUGAAAGGGUUUGUUUCCAUGUUCAUUCCUGUUUCUCCUCGCAGCACGUUCACUGCUGUGUAGGGGAGGAGAUAUUUAUCCUCCGUUUGGUCACGUUGUUUUUCUUCUGUGUGUUUUGUUUUGAUGAGUUUUUGUACAUAAGAUGCUAAAAGGGCACAUUGUGAAGAGGCUUUCCCACAUUGUUGCAACAGAUCACAAGCACCGCCCAGAACCCAGCCUGGCUGGGGUUUUGAGGCGUAACUCAGAUCGAACAGAGUUUAAUCCAGAUUCACUGAUUACGCUGUCAUCGUGUGAGCCUGGGUCUUAGUCAUAACGUAACUCUUGAUUAAGUUGUCUGGUCAAAAGCAUUUGUGUUUUCUUUAAGGAAAGUCUUGGAAUCUGAAGUUGUGAUAUCUUCCAGUAGUGGAAUCUUCACACCAGGGUUACAGUCAGUCAGUUGUGCAUAAAGCAUAUUGUGGACCAGUAGAGUUAGGGUGUGUGUGUGUGUGUCUCCUACAGUGUGGGGAUGAGAUGUGUGAUUGGGUGUGAAGCUCCCAGUACAGUACAAAGGCCACUGUUCAUGUCUCCCCUUCCUUCUCUCUCUCUCCCUCCUUCUCCCUCUCUCCUCUCUCUCCCUCUCCUCCUUCUCUCUCCCUCUCUCUCUCC